UGGAACCGGUUGAUCUAUUUAAGGAACAUUGCUCUUGUUUUGUUUCAGGGUGAUCGGGUUUGGUUACGGGAGGAUGAGCAGUUCCUUCCCAGCACGGUGUCCUCCUGUUCUGGAGGAGUUGUCGUCUUUGCCACAGACUACGGCCAGGUGUACACUUACAAACAGAAUGCCCUCACCAGACAGAAGGUGCAGCCCAUGCACCACAGCAGCAUCAGAGGAGUGGAGGACAUGGCGACGCUGGAGGAGCUCCACGAUGGCGCCAUCAUGCACAACCUCUUCCAGCGGUACCAGCAGAGACAGAUCUAUACCUACAUCGGCUCCAUCCUGGCGGCGGUCAACCCCUACCAGCCGCUGCCCGGCCUGUACGAGCGGCCGGCCGUGGAGCUGUACAGCCGCCACCGCCUCGGCGAGAUUUCUCCACACAUCUUCGCCGUGGCCAACGACUGCUACCGCUCGCUGUGGAAGAGGCUGCAGAACCAGUGCGUCCUGAUCAGUGGUGAAAGUGGAGCUGGUAAAACGGAAAGCACCAAGCUGAUUUUGAGGUUUUUGUCUGCCAUGAGCCAACACUCGCUGGAGGUUUCCUGCAGAGACAAGACAUCCCAUGUGGAGGAGGCGCUGCUGGAGAGCAGUCCCAUCAUGGAGGCCUUUGGGAACGCUAAGACCGUCUACAACAACAACUCCAGCCGCUUUGGGAAGUUUGUCCAGCUGCAUUUCAGCCAGAAGGGAAACAUUCAAGGGGGCAAAAUCGUUGACUAUCUUCUAGAAAAAAAUCGAGUUGUUCGGCAGAACCCAGGAGAGAGAAACUACCACAUUUUUUACGCCAUAUUAGCAGGAGCCAGCAACCAGCAGAGAGAGGCGUUUGGCUUGACGCAGCCUGAAAGCUAUCACUACCUAAGACAGUCCAGCUGCAUCGCUGACAAGACAAUCAACGACAACGGCACAUUUCAGGAUGUUCUGAGCGCCAUGCAGACGAUGCAGUUCACCGAGGAGAACAUCGGUGAGAUCCUGCGCCUCCUGGCAGGAAUCCUGCACGCCGGGAACAUCGAGUUUAUGACGGCUGGAGGGGCGCAGGUCUCCUCCAAAUCAGCUCUGAACUGGACGUCUGAACUCCUGGGACUAAACUCGGAUCAGCUGGCAGAGGUCCUGACUCACCGCUCCAUGAUCCUGAGGGGCGAGGAGAUCUCCACGCCUCUGACGGUCGAACAGGCGGUGGACUCCCGGGACUCCAUGGCCAUGGCCCUUUAUUCUCAGUGCUUCAACUGGAUCCUUCACAAGCUGAACAAGCGCAUCAGGGGCAAGGAGGACUUCAAAUCCAUCAGCAUCCUGGACAUUUUCGGAUUUGAGAACUUUGAGGUUAAUCGCUUUGAGCAAUUCAACAUCAACUAUGCAAACGAGAAGCUUCAGGAAUAUUUUAACAAGCACAUUUUUUCUCUGGAGCAACUUGAAUACAACAAGGAGGGCCUGCUUUGGGCCGACAUCAACUGGAUGGACAACGGAGAGUGUCUGGAUUUGAUUGAGAAGAAACUGGGUCUCCUGGCACUGAUGAACGAGGAGAGUCACUUUCCCAAAGCCACAGACGACACCUUACUGGAGAAACUCCACAGCCAGCACUCGAAAAAUCCAUUUUAUGUGAAACCCCGUGUUGCUGUGCACUACUUUGGAGUCAGACACUAUGCAGGAGAGGUGGUGUACGACGUGAGGGGGAUGCUGGAGAAGAACAGAGACACCUUCAGGGAUGACAUCCUCAACAUGCUGAGAGAAAGCAGGUUGGACUUUGUCUAUGAUCUGUUUGACCACGUGUUGAGCCGCAACAAGCAGGACACCCUGAAGGGCAGCACCAAGCACAGACGGCCAACCGUCAGCUCCCAGUUUAAGGACUCUUUGCACUCUCUGAUGGCCACGCUGAGCACGUCCAACCCGUACUUUAUACGAUGCAUCAAACCAAAUACGCAUAAGAUGCCUGACCACUUCGACCAGACGGUGGUUCUGAACCAGCUCAGGUACUCCGGCAUGCUGGAAACGGUCAAGAUCAGACGCACCGGGUUCCCGGUCCGCAGGUCGUUCCAGGACUUCUGCUCCAGGUACAAGGUGCUGAUGCGGGGCGUUCUGGAUCCAGACGACCACAGGGGGCGCUGCAAGCAGCUGCUGCACCUCUACGACAGCAGCGCUGCUGAUUGGCAGCUGGGCAAGACCAAAGUCUUCCUGCGAGAGUCUCUGGAGCACCGUCUGGAGAAGCAGCGGGAGGUGGAGGUGCUGAAGGCGGCCAUGAUCAUCCAGGCCCACGUCACGGGCUACAUGGCCAGGAAGCAUUACAGGAGGCUGCUGCAGUGCAUCGUGGUCAUUCAGAAGAACUACCGGGCCGUCUACUGGAGGAGGAGGUUCCUGCUGCUCCGCUGGGCCGCGCUCACCUUCCAGAAACGCCUGCGGGGCCAGCUGGCCCGCCGGGCCUUCAGCCGGCUGCUGCAGGAGAGGAGGAGGAGGGAGGAGGAGGAAGAGCGGCGCAGAAAGAUGGAGGAGGAGGUGGAGAGGGAGAGGCUGAGACUGGAAGCAGAGAGACUCGCCAAGGAGGUGGAGGAGGAGGCGCGGCGAAUGGAGGAGGCGCGUCAAGCCGAGGAGCUCGCCUCGCUUGCUGCGGCUCAGCCCCGGCUGGAGGAGGCGGCCGUGGCGUCCCCCAAAACCCGGCGGGAGCUGGAGGCAGCGGCGCUCCCCCAGGAGGCCCCGGAGGAGGAGGAAUCCAUCCGCCCUCAGGAGGCAUCUCAGGUGGAGGAGAUCCUCCGGCUGGAGCGGGAGAUCCAGGCGCUGCAGAGGCAGAAGGAGCGGCAGGAGCUCUCCCUGACCGAGGCCUCCCUCCUCCGCCUGCAGCGCCUGCGUGACCAGGAGCUGCGGCGGCUGGAGGACGAGGCCUGCAAGGCGGCGCAGCAGUUCCUCGACUCGCUCAACUUCGACGAGAUCGACGAGUGCGUGAGGAACAUCGAGAGCUCGCUGGGCGUCGCGGAGGAAGAGGAGGAGAAGGAGAACGAAGGGGGGGCGGGCGACGAGGAAGAGGAGGUCGACGAAGGCUUCGGCGCCGACGACGAGGCGUUCAAGGACUCGCCCAACCCGAGCGAGCACGGCCACUCGGACGGCCAGCGGACGAGCGGCAUCCGGACGAGCGACGACUCGUCUGAGGAGGACCCGUACGCCAACGACGUGGCAAUCCCGCCCAUGCCGCUCACCGCCCUGCUCAGCCAGCCGCUGCCGCCGCUGCCCCCGGCCUCCCACAGCGUCUCGUCCAGCGCCGACUCCGCCUUCUGCCGCCCGCAGGCGUCGUCCGAGGCGCCGUCCGACGACCUGGUGGAGCUGAUCCCGCCGGACGAGGACUCGGACUACGACCGGGACGACUACGACGAGGGCGCCAUCGUGUGCGGGGCCGGCGCCGCCUUCUCCCACCCUCGCAGCGGCCAGUGGUCGCCUGACUACCGGGGCUCCGUGGGAACGUACAACAGCUCCGGGGCGUACCGCUUCAGCUCCGAGGGCGCCCAGUCAUCGUUCGAGGACAGCGAGGACGACUUCGACAGGUUCGACACAGACGACGAGCUGUCGUACCGACGGGACUCGGUCUACAGCUGCGUCACUCUGCCGUACUUCCACAGCUUCCUCUACAUCAAAGGGGGCCUGAUGAACACGUGGAAGCGGCGCUGGUGCGUUCUGAAGGACGAGACCUUCCUGUGGUUCCGGGCCAAGCAGGAGGCGCUGAAGCAGGGCUGGCUGCACAAGAAGGGCGGCGGCUCGUCCACGCUGUCCCGCCGCAACUGGAAGCGGCGCUGGUUCGUGCUGCGGCAGAGCCGGCUCAUGUACUUUGAGAACGACAGCGAGGAGAAGAUGAAGGGCGUGCUGGACAUGCACAACGCCAAAGAAAUCGUUGAUAACGCGGGGAAGGAGAACGGCAUCGAUAUCGUGAUGCCGGAGAGGACCUACCACCUGAUCGCAGACUCUGCAGAGGAUGCCAGUCAGUGGUUCAGCGUGCUGAGUCAGGUCCACGGCGCCACAGAACAGGAGAUCAGCGAGAUGCACGACGAACAGGCCAAUCCCCAGAACGCUGUGGGCACGUUGGAUGUGGGCAUGAUCGACUCGGUGUGUGCGUCCGACAAUCCAGAAAGACCCAACUCCUUCGUCAUCAUCACGGCGGAGCGGGUGCUGCACUGCAACGCCGACACGCCCGAGGAGAUGCACCACUGGAUCACGCUGCUGCAGCGCUCCAAGGGCGACGCCCGCGUCGACGGCCAGGAGUUCAUCAUCAGGGGCUGGUUGCACAAGGAGAUGAAGAACAGCUCCAAAGCCUCGCUGAAGCUGAAGAAGCGCUGGUUCCUGCUGACCCACAACUCCCUGGACUACUACAAGAGCUCAGAGAGAAACGCCUUGAAGCUGGGCACGCUGGUGCUGAACAGCCUCUGCUCCGUGGUGCAGCCCGACGAGCGCUUCUACAAGGAGACCGGAUACUGGAACGUGAUCGUCUACGGGCGCAAACACUCGUACCGGCUCUACUGUAAGCUGCUGAACGAGGCCACGCGCUGGGCCAGCUCCAUCCAGAACGUCAUCGACACCAAGGCCCCCAUCGACACGCCCACCCAGCAGCUCAUCCAGGACAUCAGGGAGAACUGCCUGAACUCUGAAGUGGUGGAGCAGAUCUACAAGAGGAACCCCAUCCUCCGCUACAGCCACCACCCGCUGCACUCGCCGCUGCUGCCGCUGCCCUACGGAGACAUCCAGCACAGCGCGUCACGGAGCAGGAGCUACACGACCCUGCAGGACGAAGCCCUCAGAGUCUUCGGCUCUCUGCAGCACCUGGACGGCGUGGCCGACCCCGUGCCCAUCAUCCAGGGCAUCCUGCAGACGGGCCAGGAGCUCAAGCCGCUGCGCGACGAGCUCUACUGCCAGCUGAUCAAGCAGACGGCCCGGCCGCCGCAGCCCGGCAGCGCCGCCAACGUCUGCAGCUGGAAGAUCCUGGCCUGCAUGUCCUGCACCUUCGUGCCCUCGCGCAGCAUCCUGCGAUACCUGAAGUUCCACCUGAAGCGGACCCGCGAGCUCCUCCCCGCCUCAGAGAUGGAGCGCUACGCGGCCUUCGCCCUGGACUCCCUGAAGAAGACCCGAGCCAGGGAGAACGUGCCGUCGCAGGAGGAGAUCCGCUCCAUCGUGGCCCGGCAGGAGAUGAGCACCACGGUGCACUGCCACGGAGGAGGCUCCUGCAAGAUCACCAUCGACUCGCACACCACCGCCGGAGAGGUGGUGGAGAAGCUGAUCCGCGGCCUGGCCAUGGAGGACAGCAGGAACAUGUUCGCUCUCUUCGAACACAACGACAGCGCCGAGAAGGCCAUCGAGAGCCGGACCGUGGUGGCCGACGUCCUCGCCAAGUUUGAAAGGCACGCAGGGAGCGCGGACGAAAGCAACACGGGCUGGAAGCUGUACUUCAAACUCUACUGCUUCCUGGACACGGACGGCGUCCCCAAGGACAGCGUGGAGUUCGCCUUCAUGUUCGAGCAGGCCCAUGAGGCGGUCAUCCAGGGCCACUAUCCCGGCCCGGAGGAGACCCUCCAGUUCCUGGCCGCCCUCAGACUCCAGUACCUGCUGGGCGACCAGAACCCGCAGGCCAACGUACCCGAGAUGUCGCAGGUCUUCCCCAUGGCGCGGCUGCGGGCCCGCGUGCACAACUCGGCCCGCACGUUCGCGCCGGGCGCCGGCUCGCCGGCCGAGCGCUCGGGCACGGCGGAGCGGAAACGCUCGAGCUUCCUGGAGGGGACGCUGAGGCGCAGCUUCAGGAGCGGCUCCCUGAGCCGGCAGAAGCUGGAGGAGGAGAACAGCCUGGAGGCCUGGAUGAGGGAGGAGGCGGCGGCGGUGAAGACCAGCGUCAUGGACAAGUGGAGGAAGCUGCAGGGCAUGAGCCAGGAGCAGGCCAUGGUCAAGUACAUGGCGCUGGUGAAGGAGUGGCAGGGGUACGGAUCCACGCUCUUCAACGUCGAGUGCCGCGACGGAGCCUUCCCCGCGGAGCUGUGGCUCGGCGUGAGUAGGGAGGCCGUCUCCGUGUACAAGCGCGGCGAGCCGUGGCCGCUGGAGGUCUUCCCCUACGAGCUGAUCCUGUCCUUCGGAGCGCCGCUGCCCAACGCCUACAAGAUCGCCGUGGAGGGCCGGGAGCUGGUCUUCGAAACCCAGAUGGUCAUGGACAUCGCCAAGCUGAUGAAGGCGUACAUCAGCAUGAUCGUGAAGAAGCGCUACAGCACCGGUCAGUCCGUCAGCAGCCACGAGAGCAAAUGCAGCGCCUGGUGAAGGCGGCCGAGCGAAGGCCAAGCCGCUCCUCACGCGUCUGCAGAAGCAUCCUUCAGUGCUCGAUGCAAACUCUCCGCUGUGAACUGCUCUCUGGCUCCAUCUACCAAAGGAUUACUGAGGCUGCACCUCGAUGCAAGACUUUAUUCCCCAUGAGAGAAGUUUCUGUUCUUUGUGUGCAAGUUCUGCUGGGAGUGUCUGAGGCAACCUGAGCUCAGACCAAAGCAGCGCAUCUUACGCAGAAACUCCUGUUUCCGUCUGCCGGCCAGAGCCAGGAGCAAACCUGGAAGCUCUUCUUCUCUGCACAGUCCGCCAUGGGAAGCAAACCAGCAACCAGUGCUGGAGUAAAACCCAUCUGGUGCCUGGACCACUUAAAAUGAUGCUUUUUAUGUAAAGCGGAGUGUGGUCUGUUUCACAGUAAAAAUCCUUCCAAUGACGUUCCCACAGAGCAGGAGGAAGCCUCGCCCUAAACGGGCAGAUUUAAGCAAAUAUUCAUCAAAUCUGAGAGGGAACAAAAAGCAACAAACGGUAUUAGAACAACGAUAAACACACAACAACAACUCAAUAUUCCUGUUUUUCAAACCAAAGAUAACCAGUUCUCAUCAAGUCCCUUUUUUUUAACCGCUCUUCAAAAUGGGAAAGACAAGAGAACAUGUCAUGAGAAGCUGACUUUAUCCUGCUGUGGAAGAAAAGUGCUGAAACUGCAGCAAAGCAGUGAUAAAAAGGCGCUUGUUUUAAGAAAAGACUGCUUGAAUGUAUUUCCCCCCCUCCAGGAAACAUUUUGAUUCUUUUGUAACCGAUUAGCAAACAGUCAGGAGAUCCUAAGUGCCUGUUUGUAGUAAAGCAGGAUGAAGCUCGCUCUGAAAGAUAAAAAGUUUCUAAAACUGCUCCAGCUUCUCCAGUCCAGACAUGUUCUCCUUCCCUUCAUGCGUGGCAGUCCGUUCCCAAAAUAUUAAAGCUUACCGACCGAGUUUUAGACAAUCCGUUGCUGAUGAUAGAUCCUUUCUGGUGGAUCGCAGAAAAGACGAUAAGAAUCGAUUCACACUUUAAAUUACCGAAAGGAAAAACCUCUAAAGUGAGAUAUGAAGAGCUCCUCCUCAUCUGGAGGAAACUUUGGGGACUUUACGGCCCACAAACAGCUUUUCCGCGGCGGUUAGCGUGACCGUGGUGGGAAAUGCGAGCCGGUUCUGUCGGAUCUUUGACUGACCCGUUCGGUGGGACUGAGGUCUGCAGCGCCGCGUCCCGCCAACGUUUCCCUGGAGCGCCGCGGGCGGCAGAUCCAUCCAGAGAGGAAGAGGAGCAGCUUACUCCCACAGCUCAGUGCCUUGUUGUAAAUUCUGUACACUUACUUUGUUUUACACGGUUUGUUUUUGGUAUAAUGUACAAUGUAAUAUAAAUAUAUAUAUUAUAUGAUAUAAUCAUGUGGACUGUACAUUUUUAGGUGUCUGCCUUCUGAUUUAUUAUCCCAGCAUUUUCUCUCUCGUAUCGUUUUUGUAUCUUUUUAAAUCUGAACUGGCAGCAGCGGGUGUUGAUCUGAUGAGUCUUUCAAUAAAUUAACAAAAAAAUA